AUGCAGGGACGACUACUUGUAGUUAGAAACUUGGCAAUAAAGAAGCCAGAGCUGCUGUGGCGUCUUAUGACAACAGUCAAAUCUCCCAACCGGGCUGCUGUUCACGGACACAGGCUGCCUAUCCCUCGCGUCGUCGACGAGGAGGAAGUGGAGAAAGUGAUAGAGAGAGGGAAAGAGGAGAAAGAGAAGAAGAGGCAAGAGGUGGAGAAGGUUGUGGACUCUCAACUCAAGCGCUCUGAUAUUGACACCUGUCCUCCUGAAAGUGCUACUUAG